UGUUGUGUGUUGUCUCAUAAAACUUUUCUGUAACCAUACGUAUAUCCCCAUCCAUGUACCAUAUAUCUGGUUAAAUGCGCCAGCUUCCCCUCGAGGGCCGUUGCGAGUUUAUGACCUAACGCAGGGCAAUAUCACCACUAAGAUAUCCCGAACACCGAAAAAUGUGGUUCCGCCCUAUGCCCCUCAUCCUCAUCACGGAUGAGGACCUGACAUACCACGGGAAGAUAUUGAGUACUAGGUAUGAAGAAGGGCGACUUCGAGCAAUUCACGCGACGAUGUGCAUUAGCCAGCACCGGGGCCGGCCAAAGGUAAGGGCCAACUUAAUCAUGCUAGACUCAAGAUAAGGAAGAGAUUGCUAACGCCAGCUAGCUUCCCCAGCGAGACCCUUCGUCUGAGAAUCCAGACAAGUCAUUGAGUCCAAAGGUCGGACUAUGAUGAUGGAUAGGAUAUGAAGUGGGGAAUAUCUCCACGGCCGCCGUAGAGCUGGGAGAGUCUUGUCGGGCCCUAUAUGGAGGAUAUGUGUUGGGCGGGUGGAUGGAUGCUAUCUAGCAGAGAUUGGGGAGAAUAUAUGGAG